GUGCGCGCACAACAAUCCACAGAAGAAGCGCAAGUUGCCCAGAGAAACAUAAUUCGGACGGAUAUAAAAUAGCUUUUUGUUCCCUACAUUUGUGCCCUGUGUCGUGUUUUCAGUCGGAGAGCAUUAAGUGCACUAUAUUAUUAAUGUGGACUCAUUUGGGACGGAGCCACUCCAUGUUCGAUUGAGCAGUGUUCGCUGAUCUUGUCUUCAGGUGUGUCGUCGAUUUUGACAGACUCAUGGAGCUUCUGCCCAUCCUCAGCCCGGAAGAUAAGCCAAGAGAAAAGCAGUGGUAUGCUCUGGUUCCCCGAGGUGAAGCUCCAGGACUCAGCGUGGGUCACACAUGCACGUUCUUGCCCUCAGCUAAUGGGGGAAAAGGACAAAUCGUGGUUGUCGGCGGUGCGAAUCCAAGCGGCAGCUUUUCACACUCGUUUCUUAUAAAUUUCGACAGUCACAAAUGGGACAUUCCUGAUUGGGAAGGUCUACAGGCGCGAUACGAACACUGCUGCUUCGUGGCCGAGAGCGAUCCCGGGAGCCUGUGGGUGUUCGGAGGAGCCGAACAGAGCGCUAACCGGAACUGCGUUCAGGUUUUACACACCACGGACAGCGCUCCUUGGAGGACAGUGGAAGUGAAAGGGACACUCCCUAGCCCGAGGACAUACCACACUAACUCAGCAUGUGUUGGAGACAGACUGUUCGUCUUCUCCGGUGGAGAGACGGGGGCCAUUCCGGUCACCGACCCCCAGGUGCACGUCUUUGACACAGUAACCUGCACAUGGUCACAGCCGGAGUGCAAAGGAAAGCCUCCCUCGCCACGGCACGGUCAUGUGAUCAUAGCCGUCGGUUCGGUCAUCUACAUCCAUGGAGGGAUGGCAGGAGAGAAGCUCCAUUCCGACAUGUUCUCUCUGGAUACAGAGAGUAUGACGUGGGAGCGGGUGAAGGCCAAAGGAGACGUUCCUCCAGGAACAGCAGCUCACUCCGCUGUAGCUUUGGGCAGAAACGUUUAUAUUUUCGGAGGGAUGACGGCAGACGGAGCGAGCAAUUCCAUGUACAAGUUUCAGAGUGACAAACAACGAUGGACUCUGAUGAAAUUCGAAGGUGACCUUCCACCUAACCGACUGGACCACUCUAUGUGCGUCUUGCCUUGGCCGGAAAGGGCAGACGUCAGCCCGGAGGAGAAAGCAGACCGGAAGCAUUUGUGCUUUGUGUUCGGAGGCAUGGAUACUCAGGGGCUCAUUUUCAACGACUGUUUGGUUACAGUGUUAACUUGAUGCGCUUUACUUCUUUUUUUAUAUAAUAAACAAAACUCUGGUUUAAAUCCA